AUGCGUAGCUCCACUCCAACUCAGUUUCAGUCAACAAGGUCAUCGAUUUCGAGUAGCACCACGCACUCGAAUUCCGCCGCUUUCGGCCCUUCGAUGCCAGAAGCUCGUCUGACGUCGUAUCAGCAACGUCCGUCAUACCUAGCCCCACGACCACAGCUAGCACAGUACGAGACACCUCAGUACCCGAAACUGGGACAUGAAUAUGGACGCCCACCCCCCACAGUCUCAUAUGCAGCUCCUCCACCGCCAGUAUUCAGCAAUGAUUCACCCGUUACCACUACCAAGCACAAGAGCGGCUGGCUUGAAGAAGCUAGGGAAAGCACUACUAAUUUCAAGAAGAAUGGCUCACCUGUACCGCUUGUAUGGAUCUUUGUCGAGGAUAAAUCCAUUCCACCAAACGCUGUUCCUUUUGGCGAAGAUCGCAAUGGACAGACGUUGUUCAUUGCACGUGCUCAUUUGGAGGGAGGUCUCCAUCUCGGAAAGGUUGGUUAUAACACCUCAGGUGCCCUGAUCAGCUACGUCGGCAAGGAACAUUUGAUUGAAAAAUACGAGGUUCUAGUAUGCGCAUCUCAGCUUCGCUGGGGUCUACCAUUCCAGGAGGAGACGGGAAGUUUAUCUCAGGGCACUGUCGUCCUCGCUCGUCAGCAACAGGGCAGACAAGAGCUCAAGCGCACUACAAGCAGUGUGUGGUCGCGCGAGACUCGGGAGACUCGGGAGUCCACAUCAGUCCUUCAGACUACCUUCCACGUAGAUGACAUUCCUCGCUUUGCUCCUUCUCUUCUGAUGCAAGAGGAAGACCUGCGACGCGUGGCUGAGUACAAAACGGUUAUCCUGAUCGAUGAUUCCAUCUCCAUGGCUGAAGGUGAUCUUUGGAGCCAAAUGCGAGAGGCUCUUGCUGGCAUCGUUGACCUUGCCAUACAAUAUGGGUCGAAAGGGAUUGAUCUACACUUCAUGCACCAAACUCAAUUUGCCGAAAAUAUGAGGUCUCGAUCCGAAGUCCAGAAACUUUUCGACCAGCUCAGUCCCACUGGUGAGGACACACCGACGGGAGUGCGACUCGAACAGAUCAUUGAGAUGUAUUUGCCACUCAUCGAGCACCCGAACUCAACUCACGAACCGAUUUCUAUCAUUGUCAUCACUGAUGGAGCCGCUACCGACGGUGAUGACUUAUUGCGAUGCAUCAUUGAGGCCGCCAGUCGCCUUGAUAGGCAGCAGGUUCCUCUCGAUAAAUUUGGUAUCCAAUUCGUCCAGAUCGGCACGGAUCAGGAUGCUGCAAGGGCGCUCCACAUGUUGGACGACGAACUUUCUGAACGUUACAAAAUUCGGGACAUCGUCGACACCACGCCCUUCGACCAUGAUAAUGGCGCGUUCAACACGGACUACAUGGUCAAGAUCUUCAUCGGAAGCCUGCACCAAAGUCCUAGCAGUGGGGUUGCUGAACUGCCCUCACCGGAGAGGAAGCCCCAAAUCGUGGCGAUGCCUAGUUAUGACAGGCAUCCAUCUCCUGCUCCUAUGCCUGCCUCUCCACACUUUCCAAGUGGUGGCCUGCGCGCCCGAGGGUAUUGA